AGCAACUUUGUCAAUCAACAGCAUAUAUUGAAUGCUUACCUGGUGGUUUCGGUAAUAUUUUGACUGAACCAAUUGGUUACAUAGAGUCAUGUUUCUCGGCCAAGAAUGGUACACCGAGGCAGCCAACCAUUUGCAGUUUAUCACGUGCUUGUUUGAGGAUAAGAAAAAGUGUCUUUAACAAUCCUGAACAUUCCGUCCUGGGCUUAGAACAGUUUUCACAUGUUUGGAUUUUGUUUGUUUUUCAUAAAAAUGGUCAUUUGAGUUGUAAGGCGAAAGUGCAGCCUCCUCGGUUGAAUGGUACAAAGACUGGAAUCUUCUCCACAAGGAGUCCCCAUCGCCCUAAUGCCAUUGGACUUACUCUUGCCAAGCUGGACAAAGUGGAAGGAGGAGCCAUAUACCUCUCUGGAGUUGACAUGAUAAAUGGUACACCUGUUCUGGACAUAAAACCAUAUAUAGCUGACUAUGACUCGCCGCAGGAUCUGGUGGAACCUUUAGAUGAGCUCAACUUCCAAGAAAGGAAACAGAGAGAGUGGCCUCACCCGGUCCACACAGCUGGUCUUUGUGAGCCGCAGCAAGGAACAGAGGGCUUCAGGCCUCAGUACCACACCACAGAGGGGAACCAACCUGAAGACCAGACAGCAGAAGAAAAAUAUUUGAAAGAUAAAGACUCAGCAGAAAUGAAAUGUCCAUUAAGUAAAUGCAGGAGCACAACAGCAGAUUGUGUUUUAGAAACAAGAACAAAUCAGAGUUCAAGUAGAGAUGGAGGCCAGAUUGACCUUCCUCGGCCAAAGGAAGGUAGAGACAGGUUAAGUGUAGUGGAAGGAGAUGCAACCACACAAGAAAAGAGCUCAGAGACUCGGCAUGCUUCUAGCAUGGGUGUCUCGUCCUCUGCCAGUUGUGUUCCAUCCUGGGUGAAAGAUUCUCCUGUGACUACUUUAGAAGUCCGCUUUACACCUCAUGCGGAAAUGGAUCUUGAACACUUUAGUUCAGAAGAUAGUACAGGUGUCAAUAUAACUUCAUUUAAAUAUUUUCGAUCAGUGAAAGAGGCGAAGUGUGCCAUUAUUGACGUACUAGCAGCUGAUCCCCGAUCUGUGUAUCGAAGGAAACAUUGUCAGGACCGUCUUUUCUAUUUUUCGAUGGACACGGCACAUAUCACUUGCUGGUUUGGUGAUGGGUUUGCCGAAGUGCUAAGGGUCAAGCACACUGACACCAUUGAGAAUGCAGUUGGGCAGUGUUCAUUACAGUCAGCUUCACCUUAACUAAUGUGGAACAGGUAAACCUGUCUUAGGGACUUUCUUCUGAUCAUUGUGUGGUGUGGAAUGACUCCGAGGAGGAAGCCUUUGGGCCUUCCUUCUUUCUUCUCUCUCUUCCCCUUCCUCUCGCUCCUUCCUGGACUUGUUCUCAUUUAGAUCUCAACUCUUUGUUUUUCACCUGACUCAAGAGUGGUCCAGGGUGGAGUCAGGUGACGGGAUAGUGGAGGUGACCCUCCCUCCACAGCUCUUCUCUUGGCUUCUGGUACUGCCAUUACCUCCCCUGGUUUCAGUACUAACCUUAGCAGUAGAGAGCCUCUAGGCUAGCUUCUCCCCCUAACCCAGACACCUGUUCUUUGAAGAAAGCAAAGAGGGAAUACCUAUGGGAAGAAGCUUAUUAUACCCUGGCUGACCUCCUUUUUAUUUACUAAUAUACCAACAAACCUUCAUUAUUAGUAAAAAGCAACAACAAUAACAAAAACCCUUAGAUAACAUUAAAACAUUUGUAUAGGGGAGACUGCCCUCUGUUUCUUUAAUUAAUAAGCAUUUAUUAAGUACCAGGUACCAUGGUACCAUGCCAGGUACCAUUCCAGGCAUUAUGUACAAUGCUUUUGCAACAUAUAUAAGGUGAGAACCCCUGGUCAGAAGAAAUAGGUGGUGAGAGUGGAAAGGCCAGUAAAUUUGGGGAAGAAAAACAAAGCCUGAUGAUUGGGGAAUUAGCCUGACAGAAGAUUGUCCCUGUAGGUAGAUAGCAGCAGGGCCUCUUUAGCCAUUCUAUUCUGGAUACUUAGUCCCUGUUUUUUAUCUUGUCAGCCAUCAGGGGGAAAAAGGUCCCAUAUCUCAGGGCGGGAAGGGCAAAGUUAUUCCUUUGUUACGUACAGUGGUUAGAUACUAAUAGUACUAUUUGUAGGUAUCAUACCCUCAGUACAUUAUUCAUUAAAUAUGCUCUUGUGCAUUUUUCAUAUAGCCUGUACAUGGUUAUUGCAAACAAAGGAAGCAGCAUCUUGUAGUUCCCACUGCUUUGGUUUUUUUGCUCAAAAUGGUUGUAUGGAAACAUCUACUUUUAAUAAACUUUCAUUUUA